CCAUGAGAGAGUACAAAGUGGUGGUGCUGGGCUCGGGCGGCGUGGGCAAGUCCGCGCUCACCGUGCAGUUCGUGACGGGCUCCUUCAUCGAGAAGUACGACCCCACCAUCGAGGACUUCUACCGCAAGGAGAUCGAGGUGGACUCGUCGCCGUCGGUGCUGGAGAUCCUGGACACGGCGGGCACCGAGCAGUUCGCGUCCAUGCGGGACCUGUACAUCAAGAACGGCCAGGGCUUCAUCCUCGUCUACAGCCUCGUCAACCAGCAGAGCUUCCAGGACAUCAAGCCCAUGCGGGACCAGAUCAUCCGCGUGAAGCGGUACGAGCGCGUGCCCAUGAUCCUGGUGGGCAACAAGGUGGACCUGGAGGGCGAGCGCGAGGUCUCGUACGGCGAGGGCAAGGCCCUGGCCGAGGAGUGGAGCUGCCCCUUCAUGGAGACGUCGGCCAAAAACAAAGCCUCGGUGGACGAGCUGUUCGCCGAGAUCGUGCGGCAGAUGAACUACGCGGCGCAGCCCAACGGCGACGAGGGCUGCUGCUCGGCCUGCGUGAUCCUCUGAGGCCCCGCGCGCCCCGCGCACAAAGCCGAGCGCGCGGCCCGCUCAGUGGGAUCCCCUUCUCGCUUUGAGGCUGGAGACGACUCUGCCGGGGCCGGGGCCGGGGCCGGGGUGGCCCGGGAGCCAGGCUGGCCUCCGCCCCGUGUCCGAGGGGGUGUCCCGCCCUGACUCUCCGCGACCCGGUGGGAACGUGGCUCUGUGCAGCAUGUACGUUUCUCAUUGAUUUUGGUUGACGCAUAUUUCCCCGUUGAAGGAGCCGUUAGGGCGCUGUAUUGGCAGCUUGACGCCGGCGAGCGAAAGUUUCAGCCUGGAAAAAAAUGCGGUGGGGGAGGAAGAGGACGGGAGAAGGUGGAGGGGACCUUUUGUGUGUGUGUGUGUGUGUGUGUGUGUGUGUGUGUGUGUGUCAACAACCGUUUUCUAGUUCCAAGCUUUCAGUACAUGGAAGAAGUCCGGGACAACCAAAUGAAGGAGCAGGAGGAGAGGAAGAAACUUUUGUUUUUUCCUUGUUUUCCAGGAGUGGCUGGAAAUUAAGAUCGGGUUCCUUUUCUGCCAGCUUGGAAGGGCAACCCCGUGACUGAUUGCGAUUCCGAGGAUGUCUAUGCAAAGUUGGGUUCUUGUUACAGUGUAUCCAGUUUGAAGUAUUGCACAUCUGAAGUGGGACUGUUAACACUGAUGCCAAUACAGUGUGGGGUGCCAGAAAGUGUCUGCUGAUAUUUGUGGAAAAAAAAAAAUCUAUUUUGUUUACCUACUGUAUCAAAGGGGAGUCUGGGGGAGAACGGUAGUAUUUUUUUUUAUCAGCUGUGAAAAAAAUGUUACAGAUCUGCACAUUUUUGUGUGUACUAUUGUGUGUGUGUGUGUUUUUAAGUUUAGCUUCUUGUUCUUAUUGGUUGGCAGUAACAGAUUUUGAUGACGAGCUCUUUAAAAUCCAGUACAAAGACUUUGCAAAUGGGAUUCAGGGCCCCAGCACCCCUGUGUCUGCAGAGUGCCUUCAAAACUCAGCUGUGCCAGCCGGUGCCAACCUGUGAACCUCCCACCAUCUCCUAGAAUCCGCUCUUCCCCAAACCACUUCCAGUUUCCUUCCGGCAAUCUUCCUGAAGGAGCCAGGACAAUAGGGCCUGUUGUUUGGUGAAUUUCUUUAUUAUUUCCAGCCUUUAAUGUAAUUUCCAUGUCUUGCAAUGGGCUUUUUUUUUUUUUUGCUUCAUUUUAUUCGAAUGUUCAGGUAUUUAGCUCCUUUUUAUAUUAUUUUUUAAAAUGUUUUCGUUAUCUGUUUAUAGGAUGUUCCUCCAGAAGCAAGAGAGCAAAAUUUUACUGUUGUGAUGUACCAAGAGAAUUCUAAUUGUAAUUUUUAAUUCCAGACACGCGUUUAAUCAUUGUCUCUUCAUUUUAAGACUUUUAAUACAAAUUUCAUUUUUAAAGAAACAAACCCAAAAUGAUCGUUUGUGUUUCUGUGUUUCACAUUCGGUGAUUUAAUACAGUAUCGUGGCUGAGGUGGACGGGGACAGGUGCAUGAUGACCCCAAGAGUUGCUUGUCACAUUUUGAAGGCAGAAGUAUCUCAGUGACAAGUUGGGUAAUGUUACUCCCAACUUCUCAAGUCCAGAAGAGAUCCUCAAGGUCUGGGAAGCGGUGAGGUGUGCCCACCAUCUGACUCCAGGAUGAGCCGGAUAUUGGGUCUGUUCUGCUGAUGUGGGGCAGUUUACCUCGCAGUAGGUGGGAAGGGCGGAACCCAGCCACUAGCACUGCCCGAGGUCUGGAAGAGAAGCUGGCCACCCAACCUAGCAGGGUAGUGGUUUUCCUUUUCCUUAAGCAUAUCUGGGGAAGAUGAUUUCCAACUCUGAAGUCAUACCCCCCCGUAGUGUUUUCUGCAGUACAUUUGUAUGGGUUGUAGACACUCUCUCAGCCCUUUUGAGGUUUUGAAGUUGAUGAUUAGAUUAAAAGGAAGAGAAAGGAAGGAAAAACCAAGACCAGCCCCCUGCUCUCAUUACACUGAGCAGUUUGUGGACCAUUUUGACCUCACUAAGUUUUCUUUCCAACAGUAGGAGGCAGUGUGAGCUUUUCAUUUUCUGUUUUGUUUUCCUGAAGGGCCACUUUACUAAUAUGACCUCUGUGGGGUACAAAAAGGUGUAUGACUGUGUGUCGAGAGCACUCAAUCUACCCUGUGUCUGUGGAGUGUAGACGAAGUCUUCUGAAGGGUCUUUUGACAAAAUCUUGAUUUAUUCUGUUGAGGAAGCCAAAAGAAAUCAUAGGCCACAAGUUUCUUUAAAGCUGUAUUAACAUAUCUUGCCUUAAAAUGUUGUGUCCUUUGCCCAGGUGACAUCUCAGUAUUCCAGUGUGGAGGAGGAGAGAAUUUUUCGUGUGUGGUCCUGUGGCCAUUUUUUUCACUCUUGAUGUCACCUAAGUUUAGCAUUAAACUCAGUUGGAAGGCAGUGUAUUCUAGGUAUAUAAAUGAGGAGAAACUACUAAAACGUAUGCCUUUGUAAAGAUUCUUUCUUGCAUUCGAAGAAAUGGAAUGCUUCACUAGAUCUAAAGCGUCGAAAAUUCUACAGACCUGUAUCAGUAACUGUGAAGGACUCUUUUUAAAAAGCAUCUGCUGAGUGUUUCUUACAGUUUUGUUUUGGUGUUUUGGACGCCUUUUGACAUAAAAUGCUACCUGGUAUCUAACUUACUUAAGAAAUGUGUAUACUCCUGACAGGGGAUAUUUGAAAAUGGGAAAUUGGAAAUGAAAUAGGUUGCUGGGUGCAUUCAUCAUCUUCCCACAAGAUUUAGUCCCUUGCCUGACUAAAUUCCUUACAGGUUUGGGAUGGCAGGGCAGAAGAUUUUAGUAUGCUUUUACUGAGUACUGUAAAAUAAAUGCUUUUUGGAUUCUCAUGAAAGCAAUUUGUUCGUGUGCCUGGAGCAGGAAAAUAUUAGUUCUGAAUUUUGUAGACUUCUCUGUUAUUUUCUUGAAAAAAUUGAGAGGAGUGAAGGACAUUGUUUUUAAGAAUAUGUCAGAGUAUUUGGCUAGUAAGAAUGCCUCCUGGUAUUUGGUGAAGAGAUAACAGCAUUUGUUUCCUUGAAAAAAUUGGGCUGACUUCAGUGUUAAAGAAAGUCGAGGGAGAGGGGAGCUGGCUGUGAGGCCAUCACCUGUGAAAACAGAAACUGGCUAGGAAAGGAGGCUUUGUCCUGGGGAGCAAAAGUUAACUUUUAAACUUGACCCCUGCUGUUCAACAGCUUUUCCUUCUGGUCCCUGACUCAUCCAGGCUUUAUGUCAUUUCGAAGGGUUAUUUUUGCCCUUCUUUUGUAAUAGCCUCAGAAAAGUGGACAGUAUCAUCUAAGUCUGACAUUUUCGUGUUCGGAGGUUAUGGUUCUUAGCUGAAACGAGUUCCCAUUGUUAAUGUUGAAAUGAACUUUACUGAAUCACAUGUUAGGAUCAGAUCUAGUUGGGGUUAGAAUUCUUGAAACGGAUGAGGCUUCCUGCUUCCUGAUGAGUUUGCGUUCCCCGUACGUGGGAAUCCUGAAAUGCCUCUGCUGUUUGAACUGCUCAGGGAGCUCUGCGUGUCUUCACCAGCAGGGUUAUAGUCCAGUGUUUCUCACAGGUGGGAUGGGAAAGUGGGAGAACACGAUCUGUAGCUGCUGGUCUUGGGAAAUAGAUCAAAAUGCAUGCACCUUAACUAUCAUAAAAGCAUAUAUUUACUUUUUACAACAGCUGGACUCAGCCCCCUACUUACAAAUAAGAAGGAAACAAAGAUGGAAUUUGGAGAUCACCACAGUUAGUUAAACCGAUAUCAAACAUUUGUCACAGUGUCCCCUGAAGUGGGAAACACUUGCUAAUAUAAAUUUUGGCCUUGUGAAAAUGUAGUGAAUUUUUAAAUAAUCCUAGUAUUUAAAUGUGGUAUAAAGUAUAAAGAAUGUAUAAAGAAUGUGGCGUUCUUGAUUAUGAUAUUUUCCUCAGAGUACUAGGAAUAAUUGAUGGCAUUUAGCUGAAUGUGCUAGUUCUAGAAGAUAAUCUGAUGGUUUGAGAAGGCCUUGGGGAUCAUCUGGUCCAAAGUUUCUCAAACUGGACCACAUGUCACUGUCACCGGAGGUUAUAAUAGACGUUGCUGGGCCCUUGUCUGGUGUCCCAUUCGGUAUGUCUGGGUGUGAUCUCGUAAUUUUCAUUUCUGACAAGUUUCUAGGGGCCACACUUUGAGAACCAAUGAUCUAGUCCAAACUCCAAAUGAGUACCGUACGGAGAGCCAGCUAGAUGUUUAGGGGCCCAGACUGAAGACCAGUGUCCCACAUUUUACAGUACUGCCUACCACAAAGCUGUGGAGUAAUGUUACUGAAAUCGAUGGCUGAAGAGGCCACGUACCAUUCACAGGAGACUGUUACAGGGCUGAGUGGAACGGGGUGGACACAUUGCUGGCAGGGUGACUGUUUCACAUUGGUAUGUGCAUGGUCUGACGGGUUUUCAGGGUUCCUUCAGAAGUGGACUAAAAAAAGAAAAUACGGGCACGGCCCAGGUAAUCAGAACCAACAUUUCUUCCCCCAAAAAACAAUUUUGAAAAGAAUGGCAAAAACAUUUUUUUAAAAAUAGAAAGGAGAAUGAUGAUUGAUGCAUUGAGAAAACAGGUGCCCAAAAGACGCCUGAGAUUGCCCCUUGAUUGUUAAGAAUGUGGCUGCGGUGGAAAUCUGUGAACGUAGCUGAAUUGUUGCAUUUGUCAGUGAGUGUUUAUUGAGCACAUACUAUUAGCUGUGGUGCGAGGAUUAAUGCUUAAACAGGAGGAAGCCAGGCCAAAGAGCAACAGUGCUGUGCUUCUGUCCACGUGAGCUGUGAGAAGAGCCUGUGUUAAACCACAGGAGUGUGUGGCUGCAUGCACCAUCACUGACAAUAUAGUCCUGGGCAUCUUUCUGGCAGGGAGUAGACUCAGUAAAUUUGUUGUAAAUUGGAACUUUACUUUGAAAGGUAUGUGGAUAUUGCAAAUAAAAAUGGAUCCCAUGAGGCUUAAGGAACUAAUAGUUGUUUUGUUGCAUGUGGAACUCUGUCAUUUUGUGCAUCGUUUCAAACUUCCUUUCUGAGGUUAACUAAAAUUGAACAUUUAGAAAUAGGAAAUCAGUUUGCUUGCAUAUUAAUAUGUCAAAGGAAAGAGGGAGAAAAUGGAGAAAAAGACUUAGGAAAUUUGUUCUCUGUCUUUUUUUUUUAAAUGAGGAAACAAAAAAGCCAAGGAUGAUUUAGGUUAUGUUCUUAAAGAAAGAAGCAAUUGUUGGCAGACGGUUUUUGGGGGGUUCCUCAUGUAAAGAAGAUUCAGGGAGGGUAUUUCUUUUGUAAAAGAUAAUCUUCUAAAAAUGAGUGUGCCAAAGAAUUAAGCUGACAUUCUGAGUUUGCUCAUCUUAAAGUUAUUUUAUACAAAAGCUCUUGUUCUCACGCCUUCCGCGGCUGUUGGAGCAAGGCAACCAGCUUAGAGAAAGAAAUAUUGAGCAACAAACUGUAAGAGGUAACAGAAUAGCGAUUAUUGCAAAACCGUGUGAAUUGAAGGGAGUUGUGAUUAUUAGCCUCCUGCAGUUUGCAAAAGGAUUUCUAGAGACUGUUUUCUGUAGACUUUCACAGCACGCUUUUUAAAUGCGGAAGGUUACAGAACUGCAGAGAUAGAAUAGUUCAUCUGAAGCUGCUUCAUUGUUUAUUUUUUUUUAAAUCUGAUUACUAUAGAACCAUUUAUGAGAGGCAGAUUUAUUUCUUAUAGUUUUAUAGCUUCAGUAAAGUUCUUAAUAUUUUAUGUCUGUUAUCUGACCAUUUAUAAAAGGUUUUCAAAGUCUGGUUUUAGUCAUGAACUCAGAAUAUUUGAAUGUUAUUUACUAUUGUACCUAUUAAUAUUAAUCUAUUUUUAAAUAUUCUCUUUAAAGGCUGACAUCAGAUUGAAUUAUACUGCAUUCAAGAAAGGAGCCUGUAUACAGAUCUGCACUAGCAUAAUUCUAUAAGAAGAUCUAUUUCUAUAAAUAUGUUUUAUAUUUAUUUAUAAAUUUCUAUAGAACAUAUAUUUCUAUAUAGAUAAUUUUGAAUUCUGCAUUGUAAGGGGUAAGAGAAUUACAGGGAGGUUGCUAAGUCUGAUUUCGGCAUCGUUCAUCAUCUAGUAGGAAAAGGCUUGAGUCUAGAAUUCUUCCUCUGAGUGUGGUCACCUCAGCUUCAGUUGUCACACUACUUGUCACUUUUCCUCUGUCAUUUCCUUCAUCCUCCUCUGAUUUCUGCAAAUGGUUUUCUCUGUCACAAGUGUAAUCCAUAUUCAUUGCUAUAAAGCCUAAGAACUGCUUAAACUGAUGGCUAUAUAAAUGUGUUUUCCGUAAAAUAGUGUGAAGAGGGAAGUCUUUUUCACCCUGUGUUUGAGGUCCAGAUGGAAAGAGACCCCAGCGGUUAGAGGAGGUCGCCCACCAGGCAGAUGUGACCUUUAGGUUUGGGCACAGCUUUUGCGUUUCAUUUUUAAACUGAUAAAGGAAAUUUUGAAAAAAUGAAUUCAGUUGUAGGAAUGUUAAUUUUAAUACACUUAGAACUGCCUAAAAAUUUAUCCAGGCCCUCUCUUCUUCUUCACUAAUCUCGUGCUGAAGUCAAAACAUGAGAAAUAACCCGGUGCAUUCUCUUUAAGAGAAUCUUAGACCUUGAAAGGCAAGACCCACAACAAACAGGAACCUAAUCCAAAGAACGAAACUGUUUUCCUGCAUUUUUGCACAAACCAGCUUUAAUGUCGUUAUUGAGGAAGCAUCGAGAGUGGUACACUGUGACAUAUUUUCCUAGUCAUUUCGGGAGUGUUCCGUGGGUGUCUCAGGACUGGGGCAGGAGAAGGUGAUGGAGCUCAGAGGGGAGUCAACUGCAGACUGAGAUGGCCUCGUCCCCAGCCCAUGCCCUGCCCCUGAAUUCCCCCAGCAGUAGUGGAUUUCCUCGUGUUCAAGUGCCUGACUCACUGUGACUCAGGGCUUGCUGAGGCUGAGGGCUGCUGCCGGCCAAAGGUGAGGGCCUGUGGCCUGGAGUGAUAAUGCUGCUGUAAUACAUUGACUCUAACUCCGGGGUUCUCAACCUCAGGACUGUUCACAUUUGGGGCUGGAUAAUCCUUUUUGAGGGAGCGGUCCUGUGCAUUUUAGGAUGUUUAUUAGUAUCCCUGGCCUCUACCUGCCAGAUGCCGUGGUACCCACACUCCCCAGUCGUGACAAUGAAAAACAUUGCCAAAUAAUUCCCUGGGGGAGAAUAGCCCUGGCUGAGACCUCCUCUGAACUUGACCCUGUGAGAUAGAGGAGGCGGGCAUAAACCAGAGGAGAGAGGGUGGAACCUGGUAAGCCAGGAGCGCUUAAGACUUUGUGACUCCAGAGCAUUGCUAAAAAUACCCAUGUUCUCUGCCGUGCUUGAGACAAUGUCACUCUGAUAGCUUGUUAAAUCCACACCUUGGUGAAAAGCACUGUUCGGGGAUGGAGAAUUAUAGGGGAUUUUAGUUACCUGGGAGGAGAAGGAAUAUGAUUCAGAAGGAGGGUGUGCUCCGGUUGGAUGAGGAACUCGGAAGGUCGGAGAGCACCUGGGGCAGCUGAUGACACCAUGAAAGGACCUGGUGGUACAGCAGGCUGCUGGGGGGCGCAGGGCAACUGUGUUGCAGUUUUGCUUGGGCCCCCUAACCUCCACUGGAGACAUCUAGAAGGUUUUCAGCCUUGCUCAGCUUCCUCCCCUUCACCUCCCAAUCCCUUUCCAGUUAAUGCAGCGCCCCAUCCAACAUCUGGACUCCUCACUUUGGGGUAGAAAGCAUUCGUUUUAUGUAUCCCAUCCCUCUUUAUUUUCACUUUCAACUCCCUUCCUCCCUCUCUCCCUGCCUUCCUCUCUCCCUCCCUUUUCUUUGCUUCCUUUAGAACAAUGACUGAGUGUGUGCAGGGCUGCACACCCACCUGUGCCCACACCCCUUGGCCAAGCUGUCAGGAAGGGGCGCACAGCCCCAGGCCGAGUGGUUAAGUUCACGCACUCCGUUUGGGCGGCCCAGGGUCCACCAG